AUGACGACUGUUAUCGUAGGCACAAGUCACAUGCGGAGACUGGCGGAGAAAACGAGUGGGCGGGCCGUAGUGCUGGCAGCCGGUGGCGAGACUGCCAAGGGAUUCCUCAAAGGCAACCAGUUUGAGCGGUUGCAGCGCGUCUGCGGAGCUGGUCCAGUGCGGCAUGGUAUCGUUCACCUGGGGGACAACGAUGUCGCCUCUGCUCUACGACGUCACAAAGCAGCCGAUGCCAGACUCGACAGCGCAGAUCUGCGACGACGCAUCAACAAAUCUGCCCGAGGCCAAACCCCUUCUAAAAAAGUGGCGGACGAGAUCGUUGAGGAUCUGCUUGAGAUAUGUCGGCAGAUCCGCCGUCUCGUCGGGAAGGCGGCACUUAUCAGUGCCGUCGACCUCCUGCCUAGACGUCACGUGUCAGCUGAAGAGCGGAAUGCCUUCCUGAUCGUCAAUUCCCAGCCGAAAUCAUUAAUCUUUCGGUCUGGUGCGGAACUGUACGACGCAAAGGAGAAGAAGACACGGAAACAAAUGGCCAACAAUUACAUGGCCAACUGUCAGGCCCAUUGGAAGGGGAUAACUCCGGAUGAGGUCGCUGACUACUACAGCAAUUGGGCGGACACACAGCAAUAUGAUCAGGACUUAGAACCUGGUGUUUACAAUGGACCAGUCAUCAUUGCCGACGAGAUGGCAAACAGCUUUCUGGACUGUCGAGACAAUAUUCGCAUCAUCGACAUCGCCUGCGGGACGGGCAGAGUCGGGGAAGAGCUUGCCCAUUACGGGUUUAAGCAGAUAGAUGGCCUCGAUCCGUCGGCGGGAAUGUUGAAACAAUGCCAACAGAAGGGCAUAUAUAAAAAACUGUACCAGGAAUUCUGUUCCGACAAUACCCUCCCUGUCGAAGACGGUGUGUAUGAUUGUGCAGUUGUUUCUGGAGGGAUGGGUGAAGGCCAUAUUCCGUGUAGCGGGUUGCAAGAAAUGUGCCGCAUUGUGAAGCCAGGCGGUAUGGUGCUGAUCGUGAUGCGAAAGGAGUACCUGCAGUAUGUAGGCGAAUACACGGAGCGUUUGGAACCUUUCAUCGAGAAAAUGGAGCAUGAAAACAGAUGGAAACUGCUGGAAAGGCGCGAAGUAAGCAACUAUUCAUUCAACCGUGACGGAGUACUCUUUAAGAUGAAGGUGAAAAAGAACACUGUUGACCACAUUUCUGCACUGGAAUCUCUUCCGAAAAAGAUUCCAGCAUAGGCGUUUUGUCUAACAAAGAAGAAGAAAAGCAACAUGUGUGACAGCCCGUCAUACAUUGAUGUACGCUAAGAGAAAACCCUUAUAAAAAGUUGAAUGUGAACUUGAGUCAUUAUUUGUUAACUUUUGUUGGCUGCGGACGCUCGACGAGAUGUCCGUCAGUGUUUUUCUUUUAAAUGAACAAGCUUUCUGUUUGGCAAGGUUUUUAAAGUGACACUCUUAUUCAAAUCAAUCAAUUCAGACGUAUACCAAACCUUAAAUUUGACUGAUAAACCUUUAACUUCUUACUAAAUAAUGCAUUUAAGAAAAAUAUUAAAUACUGAUAACAAGGUUGUAACCGUGAAUUUGAUAGCUAAAAGAUUAACUGUGGUCUACUAAAGUCUCAUACGGUAGAAAUAUGCUCAUUUCUUUAAAAUUUAACUCGGUAUAAGAACCAUUGUUUUCGACAUUUAUUCAUCCUUUUUCGAGUCUUAAAACAAUAUUAUUAAUUGUGGUAAAUCUUAUUUGGGAAGAGUGCAUCUUUAACUAUUCUGUAAGUUUCAUAUACAUUUUGAAUGCUGUGAGUGAUUGGUAUAAUAUUCGGUUUAGAUUUUGAUUGACACUGUUAUAUAAUGCCUUAUGUAUGGUAAAAAAAACAUGUAUAUAAUUUUUACGUACUUUUGAAAUAAAUACGGUUUUCUCUUUUA